UAUGUCUACAAACUAAAUUUCUGUUGUGUAGCCAUGUGUACAAGGUACAAUUACAACUAAGAGUUUUUAAUAAAUAAUCCUAGUUAAACGCAUCUACAUACAUAAUUACGUAUUCUUCACGAACAUAUGACUAAGUUCGUAAUAAUGUUAGCGAAAUUAAAAAUAUAUUUUGCGACCUGUGACUGAAGAAUGAAAAUUUUGUACAGCAAUUGUUGUUGUGACUAAAGGUAUGGAUCCAGAAUUUCUUUCUAGACUGAUUCCACAAAAUAAAGAUCAUAUUCGUCCAGCAUGUAAGAAAUGUGGCUAUGCUGGACACCUUACAUAUCAGUGUCGUAACUUCAUUAAAGUUGAUCCCAACAAAGAAAUUGUGUUGGAUGUCAGUAGUACAAGUUCUGAUAGCGAUGAAAAUUAUGUUACCCCUUUGACUGAGUUAAGAGAGAAGGAAUUGCAAAGAAAACAAAGGGAUGCAAAAAAGAAACACAAAGAGAAGAAAAGUAAGAAAAAGUCCAAAAAACAUGAAAAGUCUGAGACAAGUGAUAGCGAAUCUGAAACAGAUAAUUCUAGUGAAGAGAAAAGAAAACACAAACAUAAAAAGAGGAAGAAAAAGUCAAAGCACAAGAAACGUAAAAAGCAUAAAAAAGACAAUGAUUCUGAUAGUGAUCAUAAUGACAAAAAAAGAUAAUUUUUUACAAUAUGAAUUCAUAACUCCAGUUUAUAAUGAAUAAUGUAAAUAUUGAUCUCAUGGUUAACAUAGUGUGUACAAAUAAAGUUACAUGCUCUAUACAUGCAUACAAUAACACUUAUACAUGUGCACAUAUUGAAUAAAAAAUUUGUUUGAAUAUAGAAAAUUAA